GAAUAAAAAUUGGAAUUUUUCAAAUCCAAUUUUAUUCAUCAUAAUAAUUCAAAACAUCGGUCAUCAUUUUAUCAUAUUUUGUACCGUAAAUUAUCACGCUGUUUAGUCGUUUGGCUCAUCUAUUCAUCAACAAUUUUUCUUUUUUUUUUUUACAGUUUUCAGAUAUAUUUCUGGAGCUUAUAUUCCAUCUAUUCUACACACGCCCAUCAGAUUCGAACACUUAGCAGCAACAACAAUAUAUAAAACUUUACAGUCAUUCCGAAUUUUUAUUCUGAUUUUGUGAAUAUAAAUUUGAUUCGCCAUUUUCCAAUCAUUCAUCAUCAUCCAUCAUCAACAACAACAACAAAAAAAGAAUAGUCGUGUUUUCUUUUGUUUUUUGUUGAUGGUGCUCAUUUUUUAUAAUUCACAUUAGUUCAAAUUUUAAAUCAUUGAAUUGUAAUUUGUUUCAAAUUAAAACAAAACAAAAAAAUGGGAAACGUUUUCGCCAAUCUAUUCAAAGGCCUUUUUGGCAAAAAAGAGAUGCGAAUUUUAAUGGUCGGUUUAGAUGCAGCCGGUAAAACAACCAUUUUGUAUAAGCUUAAACUUGGUGAAAUAGUGACUACAAUUCCAACUAUCGGAUUCAAUGUUGAAACGGUUGAAUAUAAAAACAUUAGCUUCACCGUUUGGGAUGUUGGUGGACAGGACAAGAUUCGUCCAUUAUGGAGGCAUUAUUUUCAAAAUACACAGGGCCUUAUUUUUGUGGUCGAUAGUAAUGAUCGUGAACGUGUUGGCGAAGCACGUGAAGAAUUGAUGCGGAUGCUGGCUGAAGAUGAACUACGUGAUGCUGUACUAUUGAUCUUUGCAAACAAACAAGAUUUGCCCAAUGCAAUGAGUGCCGCCGAAAUUACCGAUAAACUUGGUCUUCAUUCAUUGCGUAAUAGAAAUUGGUACAUUCAAGCAACAUGUGCUACAACUGGUGAUGGUCUUUACGAAGGAUUGGAUUGGCUUUCCAAUCAGCUUAAAUAUCAGAAAUGAAGCAUUUUCAUCAUUUUUUCUUUUCCCUCUUUCUCUCUCUCUCUAUUAUUCUAUUCUUUAAAAUGUUUCA